AAUGGCGACUGUCAUUCACAACCCCCUGAAAGCGCUCGGGGACCAGUUCUACAAGGAAGCCAUCGAGCACUGCCGGAGCUACAACUCGCGGCUGUGCGCCGAGCGCAGCGUGCGGCUGCCCUUCCUGGACUCGCAGACCGGGGUGGCCCAGAACAACUGCUACAUCUGGAUGGAGAAGAGGCACCGAGGCCCAGGCCUUGCCCCGGGACAGCUGUACACAUACCCUGCCCGCUGCUGGCGUAAGAAGAGACGAUUGCACCCCCCUGAGGAUCCAAAGCUGCGACUGCUGGAAAUAAAACCUGAAGUGGAGCUGCCCCUGAAGAAGGAUGGGUUCACCUCAGAGAGCACCACGCUGGAAGCCUUGCUCCGAGGCGAGGGGGUUGAGAAGAAGGUGGACACCCGAGAGGAGGAGAGCAUCCAGGAGAUACAGAGGGUUUUGGAAAAUGAUGAAAAUGUGGAAGAAGGAAAUGAGGAAGAGGAUUUAGAAGAGGAUAUUCCUAAGCGAAAGAACAGGACCAGAGGACGGGCCCGUGGCUCUGCAGGAGGCAGGAGAAGGCAUGACCCCGCCUCUCAGGAAGACCACGACAAACCUUACGUCUGUGACAUCUGUGGCAAACGCUACAAGAACCGGCCAGGACUCAGCUACCACUACGCUCACACUCACCUGGCCAGCGAGGAGGGAGACGAAGCCCAAGACCAGGAGACCCGGUCCCCACCCAACCACAGAAAUGAGAACCACAGACCCCAGAAAGGACCGGAUGGGACAGUCAUUCCUAAUAACUACUGUGACUUCUGCUUGGGGGGCUCUAACAUGAACAAGAAGAGUGGGCGGCCUGAAGAGCUGGUGUCCUGUGCAGACUGUGGACGCUCUGGUCACCCAACCUGCCUGCAGUUCACCCUGAACAUGACUGAGGCUGUCAAGACCUACAAGUGGCAGUGCAUAGAGUGCAAAUCCUGCAUCCUCUGUGGGACCUCGGAGAAUGAUGACCAGCUACUCUUCUGUGAUGAUUGUGACCGUGGCUACCACAUGUACUGUUUAAACCCCCCGGUGGCUGAGCCCCCAGAAGGAAGCUGGAGCUGCCACUUAUGCUGGGAACUGCUCAAAGAAAAAGCCUCAGCCUUUGGCUGCCAAGCCUAGGGCCCCAGGUCACGCCAGUGACUUGCUGCUGGAGCGGUUGA